GCGUUAUUAUUAUUAGGACCCGCCCCUUUUGCUGUACGCAGAUUACGCUGCUCCGGACUCCUGCGUAACAAUACUAGUUUUGGGGGAAGAGCUUGAAACACACAGCGCGAGUAUUUAUUUGCCUGAACGUCUCGUUUGUGGGAACAAACGAGACCCAGACUCGGUGUUUAUGUCGGGAAGUGGGGAAAACAGUUUGUUUUUCCAUCAGUUUUUUUUUUGUAUGAAGGCAGGUGUGUAGAGGUAAAGUACGUUGGGCUAGUUUAGCUAGCCGUGCUAGCCAGCGCGCAUGUCGAGAGCAGCACGCGCGCUGCCGAAGUUCACUAGGAGCAUCAAGGUCAGGAGAUUUGAUCAGCAUUAAUCCUGUUUUAUACUGAACUGAAGAGCGGGAUAUGUGAGGAUGAGUCGCAGAGACACACUGGUUCAUCUGUUUGCCGGAGGAUGUGGUGGUACGGUGGGAGCCAUUUUGACGUGUCCAUUGGAGGUGGUAAAGACGAGGCUGCAGUCUUCCGCCAUACCGCUCUACAUCUCCACUGUUCAGCUCAGCACGGUGAACGGCGCCGCCAUGACCCGUGUGGCUACACCCGGACUCUUGCACUGCCUUAAGAUGAUUUUGGAGAAGGAAGGCUCUCGUUCUUUGUUUCGAGGUCUUGGUCCUAAUCUAGUAGGAGUUGCCCCGUCAAGGGCGAUUUACUUUGCCACAUACUCGACCACUAAGGAGCAAAUGAACAGAAUGCUGGAGCCUGACUCCGUACCGGUGCACGUGGUGUCCGCUAGCACAGCAGGAUUCACGGCUAUCACGGCAACCAAUCCAAUCUGGCUAAUCAAGACCCGAAUGCAACUGGAUGCGAGGAACCGCGGCGAGCAACAGAUGAGUGCGCUGCAGUGUGUGCGGCGAGUCUAUCAGACAGACGGUCUACGAGGGUUUUACAGAGGCAUGUCCGCAUCCUACGCCGGGAUUUCAGAGACGGUUAUCCACUUCGUGAUCUACGAGAGCAUCAAACGGCGUCUCCUGGAGACCAGAGCAGCUACUCGCAUGGACCAAGAGAACGAGAUGGCACGAGAUCCAUCCGACUUCAUGCAAAUGAUGAUGGCCGCUGCCACCUCCAAAACCUGUGCCACCUGUAUAGCUUACCCUCACGAGGUUGUGCGAACGCGGCUGAGGGAAGAAGGCACCAGGUACCGCUCGUUCUUGAAUACAGUAAGCACGGUGUCCAGGGAGGAGGGGUUUAAAGCACUGUACCGUGGGCUCACCACCCACUUGGUGCGUCAGAUCCCCAACACAGCCAUCAUGAUGGCCACCUACGAGCUCGUCGUUUACCUUCUGGGCCACUAACUUCAGCCCGCUGACUUUUGACUGUUCGCCCUGACUUUCUCCCCCUGUUUGGGGGGGAGGGGCUUGGAUUCGGAAAAAGCUGCUGCUUCAAGUGCCAAUGAAAGACAUGAAAGUGUUUUUUUCCGUGGAGAGGUUCCUCUUUUUUUCCCCAGGCUUAUAUUAAGCUGCUUCCAAAGGAGUCUCGUGUAAGACCCAACACACUUUAAGGUGCCUGAAGAAACACUUUAAUCAGAUCUUUGGAUUAACAGUGCUUGUACACCUUUAACCAAAACGAUCUCAUUUUUUGAGAGUAUUGUGCUUUUGUUUGUUUUGACAAGAAAGCCCGAUGGUUACUCUUAGGCAAAUGAAAAGUAGGAGAUGGUUAAAAAUGUGCAGGACCGUGCCGAAAAGCCAUGUUCUCAUUUGUCUGUGCUUAGACUCAGGGUCAAGCCGAAAUUAAGAAAGACGCACUUAGAUGCCAUACAGAAGCAAGGGUGCUCCUGUUCCAUCCCUGCAGUGCAGUGUGAGUUUAAAACAGGGUUGUUUGUGUGUUUGUACAUAUCUUCAUGUUUUAUGUUGUGGGCUUUUGUGAAUUAAUGGUUGCCUUUGCUUAAUAUAUAUUAUUAACACAUGAAUGUACAUGCAAAUGUGACCA